GCUGCCGCCGCCGGAGGCGGCCCUGCCGGGCGGCGACGGCGCCGCCGUCGCCGUACUGCUAGCAAACCUGCUAGCAGUGGGGCCUCAGCUGCUGCAGCCGGCGGCGGACAAGAGCGUGACCGCGGCGACGUCACUGCGUGCCGUCGCACUGAGCACCGCCCGUGUGCUUCAUGCGGUUGUGUCGCUUCUGCCGCUGAGCCCCUUCUUUCCGGAGGCACUGGUGGGAGCAGGGGCGGGAGCGGGCGACGACGAGGAUGAGGUGGACGAGGCGGCGUGCGGCUCGUUGGGCCUUACACGGCUGACGCUGCCGCCGGGCGCAGCGGCGCAGCUGCCUGCGGGGCUGGUGGAGCAGGUGCAGGGCGUGACGGGGGCGGCGGGCCGGCAGCUCAUCAAUCAGCUCGUAUCAGUGCUGCUUCCGUACAAGGCGCCACCAGCGGCGCCGUCGUCACCAGUGGCUGCUGCAUCGGCAGCCGCUAUGCUGCCUGCGGCCUCGGGCGCACCCGUGUUGUUAGGUACCUCGCCGCCCUUCUCCACCUCAUGGAUGCUGUCAGCGCAACACGGCCAGCAGCUCCCGCACUCCUCCUCCGCGCCGCCCUCCGCCAGCGCGUUGCUAGAGGCGGCGGAGGCGGCCCAUGCGGUUUCGGAGCUGGUGUGGCAGCUGACUCAGCUGCCGGGGCAGCAGCAGCGUGUCAUGCUGGGUCUGGCGGUGUCUGCGGACUUUGUGGAGCGCAUGUGGUGGUCCUUCCUGCGGCCCGCCAGGCUGGCGGAACUGUACGGCAUAGCGUGGCUGCCUGACCUGGCGGCGGCGGCGGCGGGGAUAACGUCAGCUGGAGGGUGUGGUGGCGGCGGCGGCGGCAGCCCUAGCGGUACCUUUGCGCCAUGCAGCCGGACGGGUAGCUAUACCUUCCCCACCUCCGGCGGAGGGAGUACGGGGGGCGCGACGCCGAUGGAGAUAGAGCUGCCGCCGGCUGCAGCAGGGGCGGCGGGAGCAACAGCGGCGGAUGGCGGCGGCGAGGGUACGGCGCUGUACGGCAGCGGCAGCGCCGUCGGCGUCAUUAGUAAUGCAUGUGUGUGGCGCCCGCGUGUUGCAGAGGAGCUGGGUUGGCUGCUGCCGCUGGCUGUGUGCUGCAGCGCCUUCUCCGCGCACAUAUCCACCGCCACCCUGGAAGAGUUCUACGGGGGGGCGCAGCGGCCGCUGGCGCUGCAGCAGCUGUACGACAGCGGGGAGACGGAAGCGGGCUUCCUAUCCAUGCUGCGCGACGGGCUGUGGCACGUGCUGUGGUCGGAGGGGGAGAACUACCACAGCCCGGCGGGGGAGGCGCUGUAUGCCGUACUGGCGCGUACGGGAGGGCAGUUGUACGGCAUCUUGUACGAGCGCAAUUGCCGGCGGCAGUUCUGUCCGACGGAGGCCUUCCAUGCGAGCGCGCUAGCACCCGAGAGGUUCCUAACCGAGGCCGCCACCAGCCGCAGUAACGCGGGCAGGGAGGACGGCAGCUCGCGGGUGUGGCAGGUGUUGCAUCAUGCGCCCUACCUGGUUCCCUUCGCGGACCGAGCUCGGCUGUUCCAAAUGAUGGUGGCCAAGGACCGGGAGGAGCACCGGGCCCAAGAGGACGUGCGCGCCCUGGAGUCCGGGGGGCUGUGGGACGGCGGGCUGGGCCACCGCUUCGUGCCCAUCCGGCGCGACCAACUGCUGUUCGACGGCUUCGACCGGCUGAACGCACUGGGGGAGCGGCUGCGGGGGCGCGUGCGCAUCAGCUUCAUUGACGCGCAUGGAGUGCCGGAGGCGGGAGUGGACGGCGGCGGGCUGUUCAAGGACUUCAUGGAGGAGCUGAUGCGGGCCGGCAUGUCGGCCCAGUACGGCCUCUUCGCAGCCAACACCGCGCACCAGCUGUACCCCAACCCCGCGGCGAUGCGAGUGGUGGAGGAUGCGCCGCGACUGUUGGCCUUCCUGGGUCGCAUGCUGGGCAAGGCGAUGUACGAGGGGGUGCUGCUGGAGCUGCCGCUGGCGGGCUUCUUCCUUAAGAAGUUCCGCGGCGCGCACUGCGACCUGAACGACCUGCCCACCCUGGACCCCGACCUCUACCGCUCCCUGCUGCUGCUGAGGGAACACCUGCAGCAGGCGGCAGCGGCGGCGGCAGCGGCAGCAGGGAGUACGGCAGCAGCAGCAGGGAUGGGCUCAUCAGCUGGCUCCUCUGCUGCCGCCUCUCCCGCGGGUGGCACCCCCGAGGGCAGCAGGCACGGGGGCGGCGAGGCGGCGGCAGCUCUGGACCUGGGGCUCACGUUUGUGGUUGCUGACGAUGUGGCUGCCGCGCUGGGCGACCCGGGUGCGGAGGUGGAGCUCAAGCCGGGCGGCCGCAACAUCCCCGUCACUGCGGACAAUGUGCGGGAGUACAUGCACCGAGUGGCACACUACAAGCUCAACAUCUCUCCCCGCCCCGCCGCCUCCGCCUUCCUGUCCGGCUUCUACGAGCUCAUCCCGCGCGCCUGGGUGUCCAUGUUCAGCGGCGAGGAGCUGCAGGCGCUCAUCAGCGGCGCGGACAGCAGCUUGGACCUGGGUGACAUGCGGGCGCAUGUGGAGUAUGCGGGGGGGUACCAUGAUGACCACCCUGUGAUCCACUGCUUCUGGGAGGCGCUUGCGUCCUUCAGCCCGGAGCAGCAGGGCAAGCUGCUCAAGUUCGUCACCUCCUGCAGCCGGGCACCGCUGCUGGGGUUCAGGUACCUGGAGCCCCGGCUGUGCAUCCAGAUGAGCGGCGCCAUGCUCGACCCUUCCGCGCCCAACCGCUUGCCCACCGCAUCCACCUGCAUGAACCUGCUCAAGCUGCCGCCCUACCGCACCAGCCAGCAGAUGAGGGACAAACUGCUGUACGCAAUCAAUGCGGCGGCGGGCUUCGACCUCAGCUGAGAUGGAGCGUAGGGAAGAGUGCAGGGAGGGAGGGAGGAGGAGGGCAGAGGAGCAGGAAAGAGCAUGGGCUGGAUUGGGAGAAGGUUGCACUGAGCCUCUGAGCCGCUAUGUGUGUGUAGGAAUGGCAAGGGGUGUUGGUACGUGUUGUUGAUAGGUUGUGGCGGAGCGAGGGGCGCGAGGGGUGGGGCGAGGUGGGCUGGGUGUAGUGGAGAGGCCUCGCCUCAGUGCGCUGCUUGCUGUAGAAGAGAGGCCUCUGCUUGAGAAAGAGGGGGUCUUCGGUCUGUGCUACGGGGUCCUGGCCUGAGCUGUGGGUUCGGUGGCAGGCAGGAGGGCUGGCAGGCUGGCUGGAUUGCGAGUGAUGUCAUUGGCUCGGCAGCUUGGCGGGUGGGACCCAUCGGAGGACUGCUGUGGCAUACUGCGAGAUUACACAGAUUAGGGUUAGGAGGGGGCAUCCGCGGAUUGGUGUAUGCAUCUUCCUCUACUGUCACCUCUAAGCAGAGGCCGGGUUUACACGUUUCUCUCUUUUGUUCAACGUUGCUGGGGAAAAAAACCAACAAACGUGCGAAGGUUUGUCGUUUGCGUUUUUGUGCUUGAUGUUCCCGUUCAUCUUUGUACCAGUAGCAAGCGUACCAUAUGCAAGUGCCACCAAAGCAAAAAGGGAGGUCCUACGGAUGGCUGCCCGCUUGUUGUGUGAAUGUUGCAAUGACACGUAUGUGUGCUUUCAUAUCCAAUGAAGCAGCCGGAGUCUGUGUGCGUGCUUGACGGACGGACGGAUGUCUGGGCAUGGCUGCACCUAACUAGUGCCAGGUGCGACCCACGGAACAAAGUGCGGGUCAGAAAUACAGGUAUAUAAUCUCAUAAUCUCAUCAGGCUAGCCUACCGUAAUACGGAUCCGCUUGCAACUGAUGGCGAUAGCGAUGAGGUUAACGUUUGACUGAAGAUGCUGGCAUGUUAAGAAACUGGUCACGAGUAUGUGAGUGGUUUUUUUUUGGCGUCUUGCAGGCUGAUUGGUGCCUGGCUGCUGCUGCUGCUGUUGCUACUUCCUUGGACGGGGUAGUUACGCGG